AUGUCACUUGGAGAGAUGAGUAUGUCAGAGGUGCCGCGGGUGUGCAGUCGACUCGCAUCCUUUCAGUCCUCUGCAAAGCCCGCGCGCGUUGUGGUGACUAGUGCGCGCUGCACUCCCGCCUCCACCGUUGCGGCUGCGGCGUCGACGGCAGAGAGCAGCGGCGAGGCAUCGCUACAGCAGGAGAUGGAGCAGUGCUUGUCGGUGGAUGUGGCGAAGAUGGUUGAAAUGGGGAAAAAGUUGAUGGCAGAGCGUCAGUGCUUUUACGCAGAAAAAUUCUUCGCAAAAGCACUGCGAACCCUUGAUGCGGUUGCCGCCGACGUUAAUCGGAUCGCCGCAUCUCGAGAGGACUACAAUGGCAGCGUCGCCCUGUGUCUGGCGUGGGCUGGGCUGGCACUGAUGGUGCAAGGCGAGCAAACCGUUGAGAACGUGUACUUGGCGCGCCUUGGCCGGCAGGCGACGCUACAGCCGUAUUGUGAUGAGCCACUUAGUGAUGCGAACCGCGCCAUGACCACUUGGCGGCUGAUGCAAGGUGCACCGCGCCCAUGGAGCGAAACGCGAGAUAGCGAGGCGAAACUGCGUGCGACCCUUUUGUCAAACGCACAAGAUACCUCCGCCCGUAGUCUUCUCGUGAUCACAUUGUUUCUUAAAGGGGACCUGGAGCGUGCCAUGACGGAGGCUCUAAAGUUGCACGUGAGCGGCGAUGCCUUUGGCCGCGUGGCCCUCAAGCACAUGUCGCGCUUCCUUGGUAAGGACCACAUAUUAGUGCAGCGUCUUGGAUCACCAGACUUGACCGAGUCGAUUUAG